GGCCGGCGUCGCCCUCCCGGCGGGAGAUUCGCUGGGCGCGGCAAGCGGGGCUGCCAUGGAGCGGCUGCGGGAUAUACGCGAGCGUCUGCAGGCCUGGGAGCGCGCGUUUCGGCGGCAGCGCGGGCGGCGGCCGGGCCAGGAGGACGUGGAGGCGGCGCCAGAGGAGACCCGCGCGCUCUACCGGGAGUACCGCGCUCUGAAGGAGACCCUGGGCCAGGCCGGCGACGUCAGGCCUAACAGCUUGGGGCGUUCGCUUUCCGCGGCGGCCGAAGAGACGCUGGAGCCCAGCUGCUGGGGGCCCCACCUGAAUCGGGCUGCGACCCAGACUCCCCAUUCUACCUCAAGGCUGAUCCCUCAGGGAUCUGUGCAGGACUAUGGGAAGAGGCUUAAGGCCAACCUAAAGGACAGCCUGCAGACCGGGCCAGCCCUGGGCCGAGUACCUCGGCUUGAACGAACACCCUUCUCCAAGAAGUCCUCCCCAGGGUCUCCAGGCACAGCGGCUGCCCUCAUUUCUCCAGAAGAAGUCGGCAAGGUGCCCUCCCAGCUUCCCAGGACCCAGCUGAGGUCAGGCCGGCUCCAGGAGCUGAGGGCAUCCCUAAGCUUGCGGCUGAGCUCCCUAGACCCUGGCUGGCUGCAGCGGUGUCACAGUGGAACCCCAGAUUUUCCGGGGGUCCCCAGGGCCCGCGGGCCUGGCGGGGAUGCAGAGGAGUCACAGCUGACUUCAGGUGUCCCGUGUGUACUCAGUCCCAGCAUUGGCCCCAAGGUACCUUUACUAAGCCCAGAGGCUCCAGCGCCACAAGCAGCUGGUGUCAGUGCAGGCAGUCCCCAGCCUGGUAACAGUCAAGGCAAGAAGCGGAGACUGAGUUGGGAGCUGCAGGGGAGCCCUGCACAGCCCCAGCAGGAUGGUAACCAAGGAGGACCCCCACCUGAGGGCGCUGCAGCUGCAGGGCACACAGAAGAUUGUCUAGAGGAGCCUGUGCGGGCACAGCCCCUCAGCAACCCCACCACCUCCAGGUAUCCCUGCUCUGGCCCCAAGCGGGGUUGCCUUCCGUUAAGUCAAGGCGAGUGGGCAUCGCGCACAGCCCACCUGUGCAUCUCUUCUAGACCCGCCAUCCAGGACAGGGGGAACUAUGUGCGGCUCAACAUGAAGCAGAAGCGUUAUGUGCGGGGCCUGGCCCCACGUAGCAGGCUCCUCCGCAGGCAGGUGUGGAAGCAGAAGUGGCAGAAGAAAGGAGAGUCUUUUGGGGGUGGUCAACCCAGGGCCACAGCCAAGGAUUCCUGCUUCCGGUGUGGGCAGCUCGGUCACUGGGCAUCCCAGUGCCCUCAACCAGAGCCUGCCCCUCAGAAGGAGGGUGGCAAGGAUGAGGAUGACACAGGGACUCUGCCCAUGUUAGAGGAAGUACCCCAGAGAACGGGCACCACCUGCUGCCAACUUCCUGGUGAGGAAGACACAGAGCCUGCAGGGCCUGAGCUGUCAGUGCCCAUGCAGUCAUCUAUGCCCAGGGCGCCCUGUCCACCACCUCCUCCCGUGCCCCCACUCUACCCGCUGGGACCGUCAGGGCAGGUGGCAGACACCCCAGCCGAGGUGUUCCAGGCCCUGGAGCAGCUGGGGCACCAAGCCUUCAACCCUGGACAGGAGCACGUGGUCAUGCGGAUCCUGUCUGGUAUGUCAACACUGCUGGUGCUGCCCACAGGGGGUGGCAAGUCUCUGUGCUACCAGCUCCCUGCGCUGCUCUACUCCCGGAGAAGCCCUUGCCUCACGUUGGUCAUCUCUCCCCUCAUGUCACUCAUGGAUGACCAGGUGUCUGGCCUGCCCCCAGGCCUGAAGGCGGCCUGCAUCCACUCAGGGAUGUCGAAGAAGCAGCGGAACUCUGCCCUGCAGAAGGCUCGAUCAGCCCAGGUACAAGUGCUGAUGCUGUCGCCAGAGGCGCUGGCUGGGGCAGGAGCAGCGGGGCUUGCCUUCCUCACCCAGCUGCCCCCGGUUGCUUUCGCCUGCAUCGAUGAGGCCCACUGCCUCUCUCAGUGGUCUCACAACUUCCGGCCCUGCUACCUGCGAGUCUGCAAGGUGUUACGGGAACGCGUGGGUGUCAGCUGCUUCCUGGGUCUCACGGCCACGGCCACGCGCAGCACUGCCCUCGACGUGGCUCAGCACCUGGGUGUGGCUGAAGAGUCUGUCCUCAGGGGGCAAGGCACCAUCCCUGCCAACCUGCACCUCUCUGUGUCCAUGGACAGGGACCCAGACCAGGCUCUGGUGACACUGCUGCAGAGUGACCGUUUCUGUGCCCUGGACUCUAUCAUCAUCUACUGCAACAGGCGAGAGGACACCGAGCGUGUCGCUGCCCUGCUGCGCACCUGCUUGCGCUGGGCCCCAGAGGCCGUGGCUGAAGCCUACCAUGCAGGCAUGUGCAGCCGGGAGAGGCGGCGGGUGCAGCGGGCCUUCAUGGAGGGCCGGCUACGGGUGGUGGUGGCCACGGUUGCCUUCGGGAUGGGGCUGGACCGGCCAGACGUGCGGGCCGUGCUUCAUCUGGGGCUGCCCCCAAGCUUCGAGAGCUACGUGCAGGCUGUGGGCCGGGCUGGGCGCGACGGGCAGCCCGCACACUGCCACCUCUUCCUGAGGCCCCAGGCUGAGGACCUGUGGGAGCUGCGCAGACAUGUGCACGCCGACGCCAUCGACUUCCUCGCCGUGAAGAAGCUGGUGCAGCACGUGUUCCCUGCUUGCGGCCACGCUCAGCAGCCCCUGGUGCCUGAGCCAGGCGAGAGCCAGGAGAGCUCGGCGGCCACAGUCCCCUGGGAUGCCGACCACCCCCACGUGGAGCUCACAGCCCGGUGCCCGGGCCACGAGCGGGCACUCCCAGUGCAGCCAAUGGUGCAGGCCCUGGAUGUGCCCGAGGAGGCCAUUGAGACCCUGCUCUGCUACCUGGAGCUGCACCCACAGCGCUGGCUGAAGCUGCUGGAACCCACCUAUGCCCGCUGCCACCUGCGCUGCCCUGGGGGCCCCACCCAGCUCCAGGCCCUGGCCCGCAGGUGUCCUCCCCUGGCUGCGUGCUUAGCCCAGCAGAGCCCUGAGAACACAGCUUCUGUGGAGUUCGAUGUGGUGGAGCUGGCAGACUCCAUGGGCUGGGAGCUGGCCCCCGUGCGGCGGGCCCUCCGGCAGCUACAGUGGGACCCGGAGCCCAGGACAGGUCUGCCUCGGGGCACGGGGGUGCUAGUGGAUUUCAAGGUGCUAGCCUUCCACCUGCGCUCCCCCGGGGACCUGACCGCCCAGGAGAAGGAUCAGAUCUGUGACUUCCUACAUGGACGCGUGCAGGCCCGAGAGCGAGAAGCCCUGGCCCGCCUGCACCACACCUACUGGGCUUUUCACAGCGUGGCCUUCCCCAGCUGUGGGCCGUGCCUGGAGCAGCCCGAUGAGGAACGCAGUGGCAGGCUCAAGGCCCUGCUCCGCCGCUACUUUGAGGAAGAGGAAGCAGGUCCAGAGGGCAUGGACCAGCAGGGCCCCGAGCCAGGCCAGGCCACGACUGAUGUGUCCCCCACGGGCAGCUCCAGGACUGGGAGGCUCAGAUCCGACGGGACAUCCGCCACCUGCUGUCCUCGUGGCCUGAGCAGCAGUUCUCAGGCAGGGCUGUAGCCCGCGUCUUCCACGGCAUUGGGAGUCCCCGCUAUCCAGCCCAGGUGUACGGGCGGGACCGGCGCUUCUGGAGAAAAUACCUGCACCUGAACUUCCACGCCCUGAUGCACCUGGCCACAGAGGAGAUCCUGCUGUGGGGCCGCUGAGUGGCCUGCUGGGGGGACCGUGUCAGCACAGCAGAGAUGAGGCAUCGGCGGCCAGAACACUGUGUAGCCCCUCUGGACAAAGCCUACUGCCGGGGCGCGGGGGCAAGGAGGCCUUAAAGCAGAAUAAAAGAUGCUCACGUCUUU